CUGUAUGGAAACGUUUGUUAUAAAUGUGGUGAAGCUUGUGGUGGCGAAGUGUUCCAAGCACUUCAAAAAAGCUGGUGUAUUAAAUGUUUUGCUUGUUCGUUAUGCGACAAAAAGAUGGAUCACAGGACAAAGUUCUACGAGUUCGACAUGAAGCCGACCUGUAAGCGAUGCUACGAUCGUUUCCCAACAGAGUUGAAAAAGCGAAUUUCGGACAGUUUGAAAGACAGAGAUAUAGAAAAUCAACGCCGACGUUCACAAAGUCCGUCAACAUUGCGACAAACGUGA